AUGGCUCUGGCCAGCAACAAAAACCUGAGCAGAGCAGUCAGUCCAGUGCACCUGAACAGCCCCUGUGACAGCAACAAUUUGAAGGACUGGGAGAAACAACCGGGCGAGCGGGGAGGGCCGGAGGGGGCUGACGUGGCCGCCCUGAGUCAGGCUCUGCCGCCGCCUGCCGCCUCGUGUCCGGGAGAUUUAAAAGUGUCGGCAGCUCCUCCGCCUGGGAAGCCCUCAGCGGGAGAGGAGCGGCGGACAAAAGCGCGCGCAAAAAAGCAGAGCGGCGGGGAAAGAGCCGGGGAAGACGCCAUGCGGAGGGCCGGCGCUUGCUGGCGCCGAGGGCAGCGGCAGCCUCCCGCUUCGUCCCGCGGCAGGAGCGGCGGCGUCGCCGCCGCCAGCAGCAGCCAUCCCAGUCCGCGGAAGUUGCAAGGCGGCUGGGGAGUCCCCGGGCGACUGCGCAUCCUCUUCCUCCUCGUCCUUUGGGUGUUAGAUGAAAAAGACAACACCAAACGAGAUCCAAAUGAAGAUACAGAAUGGAAUGACAUUUUGAGAGACUUUGGGAUUCUGCCACCAAAAGAAGAGGUUAAGGAUGAAACUGAAGAAAUGGUUUUACGCUUACAGAAAGAAGCGGAGGUGAAGCCACAUGAAAGGAUGAAUCUGAAACAACUCAAAGAAGCUGAAGAUUACUUUGACGAGGAGGACAUGAAAGCUGUAGAAAUGUACAGGAAACGACGCUUGAAGGAACUGAAAUCUUUACAGAAGACACAAAGAUAUGGAGAACUCAGAGAAAUUUCUGGUGAACAGUAUGUCAAAGAAGUGACCAAUGCGCCCAAGGGUGUGUGGGUUGUCAUUCAUCUAUACCAAUCAAGCAUUCCUAUGUGUUCACUAGUUAAUAGACACCUCAGCUUCCUGGCCCAAAAGUUUCCUGAAACCAAGUUUGUGAAAGCCGUGGCCAGCAGCUGUAUUGAAAAUUACCAUGACAGUUGCUUGCCUACAUUGUUUGUCUAUGAAAAUGGACAGAUCAAAAGCAAGUUCUUGGGAGUGACAGAAUGUGGAGGAACAAAGCUGACAGCGGAAGAACUUGAAUGGAAGUUGGCAGAAGUUGGGGCUCUCAAAACUGAUUUGGAAGAAAACCCCAAAAAGGAUGUUGUGGAUAUGAUGACAUCUUCGAUUAGAAAUGCUUCCAUACGCAACUAA